UUUCUUGCCCCUUUAGUUCUUCUCCUUCUCUCUCUCUCUCUCUCUCUCACCCGCCUUCGUCUUCUUCGGUCUUCGUUUCUUCAUCUCGAAGCUCCGAGAUGGCGUGCCCUCAAAACUCCAUAACAUACAACGCCACGCGCUGUGCGUGCGGGAUUGGUCAGCUUCUUAACCGGAGCUCCGGUAGCUGCGAAAUCUUCGGUUGGCCUUCGGAGAUCUCAACGGACAAAGAUGUCAGCUACAGCGUAGUAUCAUUCGCCGAGACUUUAUUCGCUUUCGACAGGAUCCGUAAGUUCACGCAGUCUCAAGCUGUGUUCUUAGAAGCCACGCUCGUUAUGCUUCUCUCCUGGUUAGUCUUUUGCUUCUUCCUAAGGUUCACAAAGCUCGGCGAUGGUCGUAAUGUCUGGUUCAAUCUCCGUUGGUGGAUUACUCGACUUGAUGUCUUCUUCUCCACUAGACAUUGGCUCGAUGAUCAGCAAAUUGUCAAGAAACGUAAAACAGAACUUGGUGGAACGUUGUCUGUUGCGAGCUGGAUUGUUUUCAUUGGACUAUUCGCUGCGCUGCUUUACCAAAUCAUAACCAAGAGAACAAUUGAAGUUCACAAUGUGAGAGCUACUAGUUCUCCAGAUUUAAUCUCGUUCGAGAACGAUUUGGAGUUUAACAUCACUGCUGUCUCUGAUAUGAGUUGCUCGAAUCUACGAGGAAUCGGUAAUGUGGUCACUGGCAAUCCCGGUUUCAGCGAAUUCAAAGUUUCUUCGCUUUCUAGUUUAGGAAACUAUACUUGUCAGAAUACAACUUCAGGGCCUACUGUGAAUUUCAAGUGUACAAGGUGUCGUCUCACCAGCGAUUACAUCUAUAUCUCGUGGCAUUUCGUUGAUCUUCCUGAUUCUCCUGCUGCUGCUGUUGGAUUUAAGUUUAACUUAACGUCUAAGAAUGGAGCUCACAAGAAGCAUAUGAGUUUUGUUAGUGGCACUCUGAGAAACGGAAGCAUCCUUGAUGAAAGUCCUGUUACUUUCCGUGGAACUGAAGGGAACAUUUUGAAGUUUAAUCUGUUUCCUCAGAUUUACCAUCAUUUGCAUGAUCUAAAGCUAAUCCAACCUCUGUUUCACGAGUUUAUCCCUGGCUCAGUUUACCGAGACACUAAUCAGCUUCAGGCAUCUAUGGGGAGGUCGACAGAUGGCAUACUCAACACUACAUUGUUCAUCAACUAUCUCUCUGCUUAUAUUGUUGAGAUCGACCAUGAAAAUAUACUUGGUCCUGUUAGCUUCCUUGCCGAUCUUGGUGGUUUGUAUUGCAUCAGUAUUGGCAUAUUCUUCUACCUACUAGUGCAGUGUGAGUACAGGGUCAAGAAGCUGCGAAAUGAAGAUACUGUGUUCAGGAAGAUACGGAAUCGUCGUAAAGCUCUAGAUCACUGGGAUAAACUGAGAAGAUAUGUUGCAUACACAUGGGAUUGCAGCAUAUUGGUCGAUGAUGCCAUCAAAACGAAAAAUGUAUCAGCAAUUUGUGGUUUGAACAGACCUUCAACAUCUUCUAAUAACUCAGAAGGUGGAUCAUCAAGAACAAAAGCGGAGCAUUCUAUCAUGUCAAACAAGAAACCUAGCUUAUGCGUUGAGAAGAAUGCAAUUCCACAACCUGCAAGUCUAGAAAUGAGCUCUUUCGAUUCGGCUUCUUCUCUGGCUAAUGGAGAUAGUAUCUCAAAUAAGAAGAGUAUAAGCCACUCUUCUCAAAGUCAUCCACUCUCUCGUAGUGAAGACGAUAUAAUCCCUCUACCUCCUCCAAUGGAGUUCAAUGAAGGGUCCUCUGGCUCAGAAGUGGACGCAAUGGACAUCAAGAAGAAAUUUCAACUUCUGUAUGACUACAAUGUGUUGCUUAGGGAAAAACUUAUAGACACUCAAUCUUUGCUCAAUGCUUUGGCACCCAAAGCAUCAUCAUCUUCAACCACGGAACACGGUGCAUAGAAGUUAGAACUAAGAGUUUGCCUAACAUGUAUUGUUUCUAUUCUCUUUGUAACUUCCACAUUUAUAGAACAAAAGGAAUGACCAAUCUUGUAUCUUUGUGAAUA